CAUCAACCCGCAUUCUUCCCUUCGUUGAUAUCAAUCGUUCGGCUACUGGGUCCAACUUCCCCUACGACGACAUUCUGCCGCCGCUAUGGCGCCCGCCGAGGGGCUGUCAGCCCCCGGGUCGGCGAGCUAUGAUUCAGACACCAUGACCGUUGGCGACGGCACCUGGGACUUUACCAAGAACACUUUCCUGCUGCCGAACUUGGUCGGCCUCAACUUCGAGACCAUGCAGUAUAAUGGCAUGGGCAAUCGAUUCUCAACACUCAAAGAAUAUCACUCCCUAAUCACUGGCCAUGGAGUCCUCGCAGCCAUCACCUUUUUAUUCAUUGUUCCAGUAGCCAUUAUGUUUGUGAGGUUCCAUCCGGACCGUAGAAGAGGCCGCCGCAUACACGCAUAUCUGCAGGUCCUCACCGUGCUUCUUGCCACCGUCGUAUUCAUUCUCGGCUUCUUCGCCGUCGGUCCCAAACGCGCUUUGACAAAUCCUCACCAUGGAAUCGGCGUCGCUAUUUACGUCUUGGUUUUAACACAAGCGAUUGGAGGCAGCAUGGUAAGGAAGAUCUUCAAAAAGUCACUGAGACUUAUGAUCCAUCGUUGGUUUGGAGGCGUCGUUGGCAUCCUCGGAGUGGUACAAAUCCCCCUUGGCCUAACCCUCUAUGGGUCUCCAAAGUUUAUCUUCAUCUUAUAUGCCUUGUGGAUGGCGUUUCUGGUUCUUCUAUACUUCAUCCUAAGUUGGCGGCAUGAAAACGAUUGGGACGAUAACAUCACCACGUAUGGAGGCCGCUCGCACGGUGGACGAUCAGAAUCCGGUGUUACCCACUCCGAAGUGAAAUCAAAGCGAGGAUUCGGGUGGCUCGGUCCUCUGCUCGCAGGACUCGGGGCUUGGGCACUUCUUCGCAGACGAAAACGCGGCAGUGAAGGGAGUCACAGUCGUAGCGGGUCCCCGUCUCGAAGCGGCCGCACUCCUGAGGUGAUCCCUUCAAGAAGGGGCUCCACAAGCUACUAUAUGACAAAUGACAGGUACUCUGAGAAAACAGAUCGCCAAGGUGGUGGCUUGAUGGGCAAGCUGCUUGGUGUAGGAGGCAUCAUCGGGGCUGGAGCCUUGCUCAAAAAGUUUACUGCCCGGAAAAAUAACCGGGAUUACGAUGAAGAGUAUUCGGCGGUUUCAACAGAUACGCCUGGUAGAUAUGGUCAUACACGACCUGUAAGGAAACGCCAAGACGAUUACACGGAAUCAGAAUUCACAGAGGAUCGAACGGAGCUUAAUGCACGGCCGCGGACGCCACUCUUACCUGGACCUGGUGCAGCAUCGAGUGCUGCAGGCCCACGACCGUCCACUCCACAGGCCUCGCACGCUCGAACGGCAACAUCUAUGCUCGAUAGUCAGCUUUACUCGGACUACUCUUCCUAUGUAAGCCCCUCUAGACGCGCACGAGAGGAGGAACAGCAUAGCGGAGCAGGUAAGGGACUCCUCGCCGGCUUAGGUCUCGGCUGGUUUGCAAAUAUGAUGAAGGGUCGCCGGGAUAAUAAAAGAGCGGAGGAAGAGAGGUUAAGAUUGGAAGAAGAACGACGAGACGGGAGACAUGGGUCAAGGUAUACGGGAGAUGGUUACGGCACUCCAACUCGGUCAUCGAGACGCCGACCGCCACCCAGCGCACUCACCAAUACCAUCAUGUCAGAGGACACGGAGUCUUCUUAUAUCGAAGCACGGCCACUUGGCACUUCACUUGGAGGCCCACCCAUGCCACCACUAGCAGCGGGAAAUGCGCCGCCUGUUCCUGUUGCUGCACCGCGCUCCAGGUCGAGAUCGCGGUCCAGGCACAAUAUUGAGCCUGCCGUCAUGCCACCGAUGCCACCAGACCCUCAAGGCGUGCUGGCUUCCCUGCAUCAAGGCUCUGGGAGCGAGUCACACAUGUCUAGAGGCGGACGGCCACAACGACGGGAUUCCUCACGCCGCCGGAGGGAUGGCGAAGCGGCGGCCGCUGCUGCGGCCAGUAGCGCUGCCGGUUUAGCCGCAGAACAAGAGCGCGAUCGCAGCCGAGUCAGUCAGCCGCAAAGCGUAAUCAAAGUUAAGUAUCACGAUGAUCGAGACAGAAACGUAACGUUGCGACGACUUACUGAAGAGGAGGCACAUCGUGAGCACCGGAGAGGUAGAUCAGCCUCAAUAAGCAGCCUGUCCGGAGAAGAGACGCCAGGCCACCGACGAUACCGAAGAGAUGGAAGCGCAAGACGGACUGCGGAUGAGAUAGAGGCCGAGCGCCUUGCGUCAUCACCCCUACCGCCACCGACACCAGCGUUUGCUGGAAAACGAGGAGGCAAAGAUUCAGCAUAUUACUCUGGCCAGCCUGGUCCAUCGGCCGGGUCGCCAUUGGGCGCGCCAACAGUCUCCAGCGUCGGCAGUCCUGCCAGCCAUGGAACAUGGAGCGCUCUGAGCCCGACGCCCAGCGGGCCAAUCACGAACCCGCGGCCACCUGGGUCGGGAGCAACAUCAGCAGCGGAGCGGCGGCAAAGAAGACGGUUAGAGAGAAAUCGGGAUGCAAGACCUUCGCAAGGCACAGUUGACUUCACCUAGAUGGUAUCGGCCACGAGACCAGAAUGCGAAUUCAUCAUGCGGUGUUAUGGCGUUUUCUUUCUUUCCAUGG